UUUUGAGACCAUGGGGAAGUGGGCGUGGCCAUGAUGAAUCGGAGAACUGGAGACCGGGGCUGAGAGAAUAUUGGAGGACGGGACACACCAAUGCAGACAGGGACAGUCCAAGAACAGCCUGAGCCUUGGAGUCCCCGCAGAACCCUCCGACUGACGGGUGGAAGUUUAUUUAACCACAGUCUCCGACCUCCGUCGAAAAUGGGGAACGUGCAGUCGGAGCCUUCCGCAGGCGGAGGCUCCCGUAAAGAGCAGGCCUCAGACCGCGCAUCCGACUCCCGCAGGACGCCUCUGGUGGAGCCCGAGGUGACCCCCUCAUCCCCAGCCAUGCGCCUGGCUCGAGGGCUGGGCGUCUGGUUCCCUGGCAGUUCCGGGCCCCCGGGACUCCUGAUACCCCCGGAGCCCCAGGCCUCACCCUCGCCCCUGCCCCUAGAACUGCCCUCACCAGUGACACCCCCUCCAGAGGAGGCGGCUACGGCGGCGGUCUCCACACCACCCCCGCCCCCCGUGGGGUCCCUGCUGCCCGCGCCAUCUAAGUGGCGAAAACCCACGGGCACUGCAGUGCCUCGGAUCCGCGGCCUGUUGGAGGCGAGCCAUCGUGGUCAGGGUGACCCUCCGAGCCUCCGCCCGCUGCCACCGCUGCCCCGGCAACUGACCGAAAAAGAACCGGUCCCGAAGGCCCCAGCCCCACCUCCGACGCUCCUAGAGCCUCGGAAGCAGCUACCUCCAGCACCUCCGCCUUGCCACCCGCAGCCCCCUAGCCGGAGAAUCACUCUGGCCUCGUCGGCUACAAGCCCCACAGAAAGCCAGGUCAGGCAUAGCAGCGAGGGUCAGGCGGCCGGGGGAGCCCGCGGAGGGGCGCCACCCAAAGUCGGAGAGGGCGAAAUGGCUCGGUCUGCUACUUCCGAGUCCGGCCUGAAUCUGCUGUGUAAAGUCACCUUCAAGUCCGGGCCCCACUUGUCCCCAGCAGCGGCCUCGGUCCCCUUAGCAGCCAAACCCUCAGUUGGGGCCGGUGGUGGCGGAGGACUGUUUGCCUCGUCGGGGGCCAUCUCUUAUGCCGAGGUCCUGAAGCAAGGGCCCCAACCUCCUGAAGCCACUCGUCCCAUGGGAGAGGUCCCUCGUGCAGCUCAGGAAACCGAGGGCGGUGAUGGAGAUGGCGAAGGGUGUUCUGGUCCCCCUUCGGCGCCUGCUCCCCUUGCCCGGGCUCUACCACCACCCCCUUACACCACCUUCCCAGGUUCAAAGCCCAAAUUCGACUGGGUGAGCCCUCCCGAUGGCACUGAACGGCACUUCCGAUUCAACGGGGCUUCAGGGGGAAUCGGGGCACCCCGAAGGCGCACAACCACACUCUCAGGGCCAUGGGGCUCCCCUCCAUCAAGGUCAGGUCAGACGCAUCCAGCUUCAGGGCCCCGGAAAACCUCACCUGCCUUGCUGGCGUCACCCAUGUUCAUCUUCCCAGAGCCCACCAAUAGCAACCCUGUACACUCAGUGCCUCCAGGUCUGCAGCAGAUACCUCCGUUGCCACCGCCACCACCCACACCACGAACCAUUCCGCCACCGGCGCCGCCACCCACACCACAGCCACCAGCGCUCCCGAGGACGCCGAUACUGGUGGCUCGUCCGCCUACCCCAGGCCCAGGCCAGGCGGAGUCAGCCUUGGCUCCCACCUCUCCUCCCUCUCUGCCCCCUACCGUGGCCACUGAGCAGGUUCCGCCCCCGCUCCCGGCCCCUGUUCCGGCCACAUGCCCAGCUCCAGCAAAUCCUCCUGCUGAGCCACUGCCAGUGCCUCAACCCACCAAGAUUCGUACACGCAAGAACAAAGGUCCCCGAGCGGCCCGGGGUGUGAUCCGUGAAGAGGUUAUAUCUGGAGACGGUCCUCGAAAACUGACUUCAAAUCCGGUGACUGACAGCAACAGAGGGGGUGGCGGUAGCAGCAGCGGAACCUCCACAGCCGGUGCCCCUAACAAGGGUGCAGUGCGCCACUGGCCACCUUUCGAGGUGCUUAAUUCUUGCCCCUGCAAGUGCUACUGCCGCCAUCAACCCCGCCACCGACGCCUGCCUCGCAACGUGUAUGCAUGGCUGAGCACACCCACCAACCACCUGAGUGAGCCGCCCUGGGUGGCCACCGUCAAGCUGGCUGGCUCCCUAGUAGCUGGACUGGAGCACUACGACUUGCAGGCCACCCAUUACAACUGA